ACAUAACUAGCAAAAAUGAAAUCGUUCAUCGUAUUCGCCCUGAUCGUAGCGGCCGUCGCCGCCGCCCCGCAACGCAGCGCUGACGCUGACGCUCAGAUCCUGCGCAGUGACCUGAGCAACAUCGGAGUUGAUAGCUACCAAUAUGUAGUCGAAACCUCAAACGGCAUUAAGCAAGAGGAGCAAGGGCAGCUGCAGAACGUCGGCACCGAUAACGAGGCCAUCCAAGUCCGCGGACAGUUCUCCUACGUCGGGCAAGAUGGCGUCACGUACUCCGUCACAUACGUCGCCGACGAGAACGGCUUCCAGCCCCAGGGCGCCCACAUCCCUCAACCUGCUUAAGUUAGCUAAUCCCCUGUAUAACCUGGCUGUUAAUAAAGUUUUUGUUUUUAUGUUUUAAUUU